AUGCUACUCGAGUGUGUGGCCCUCCUUGUCUUCAUCCUCGUUGCUGCAUUUACCUUCAUCUACAAAGCUCCAAAUGAUGCGACACCAAGUGAUACAGGUACCCACAUGAAAGCAGGGUUGAAGCAUGUCAAGAACAGGAUCCGGAAGAAUGUGCCUGCAGCACUGAACUUGCAAAUUCCUGCAGAACACUUGAAGAGAAGGCUGUCUCCGAUUCCCGAAGGACCGUAUGGAGACGAGGGUAUCCCAAAAUUCAACAUUGCAACAGUAGGGGAGAAACAAAACGGCAGCUAUCAACCGUAUGUGAGCAGAAGGAGAGCGAGUGUGAUGGCCGUAUCUCUAGGAGAUCGCUAAACGAGAAGGCAAAGGCAACGAGACGGCGC